UUCGACUUUAUCUCCGCUGCCAUCGGUAGUAGGUCUUGCGCUGAGCGACAGGCGCUACAUGAAUAACAACAACUCUAUCUACCACUGGCAACAGCGGCGUCGACAGCAGAAGCAUUUCUGGCAUUAGAGUGCAGUGCACACGGUCGAUACGCUCAGAUUUCAUUCGAUCCUCAUUGUGACAGCACGUUGGCAAUUCGACGUCGCGUGGUGAAAAAGUGUUUACUGAAAAAUUUAGAUUUUUUUCCUACUCAUAACUACUACCAAAAAAUUGCUUUAGUAGCAACGUAGAAAUUCUUUGGUAACCUUUGCGUCAUAUUAUAAAGUGUUUAAGUAAGGAAAUAAAUAAAGUGUGCCUUGAAAGUCAUUCAAACGCGGAGGAUCCAACAGCCAGAAACAACUGCUGCGUGCGUUAAACGACAUUCAAUGGAAUUUUCGUGUGCGACGACAACAACGACGCUAUUUACUUGACGUGUAUGCGAGAAGAAGUGUAUGUGAAAGAGUAAAAAAAUAAAGUAACAAAAAAUAUAAUAAUCAAAAAAAGAAUUACAAAAGUGUAAGCAACGAAUAUAUUAAAUGCGAAUAUAGUAGAAAAACGAAAGCAAAAAAAGCGCGUUUAAAGCAAAGUGAGAAUAUGUAAAUAAAUGAAUGACAACAACUACGGCUGUAGAUCGACCACACAAAUCGCCGCCGAUUUGUAGUUUGUUUGAGCGAGUAAUUGUGAUUUUCUGUUUUUAUACGCAUAUACUUAUAUAUGUAUGUACAUAUAUAAUAUGCAUAUGUAUGUAUGAAAACGAAUUAAUGAAUGAAAACAAACGCGCAAGAGUGCCGAUAAAUUUGUCAAUAAUAGUGUGGAAAAUGCAAAUAUUACUAAUAAAACGUGCGUAAAGCGUAGCAAAUGAACAGCGUAAGCAAAGCAAAAUGUAAAAAAACAAAACAACAACAACAAAUCUGUAUAAAUUAUUAUGCACAGUGUAUGAAUGAAAGAAAUAUAUAUUAAAAUAUAUAAAAUAACAACAAAAGUACAUAAAAUACAAUAAAAAUCAUUCGCACAAGCAACAUUAAACGUUAGCGAUUUGCAGCGUUUAACCUUUUGAUUUUCAACUGCAAGCAGCGCGUAUACUCCAUCUGCAGACAUAAGGGUGCAUUCGAAGCAAAUUUUGUAGUGGAUUUACAUACUUGCGUAUGUGCAGCAAAAGUAGCAAUAAGAAAAACAACUAAAUUCAAUUAACCCCCAAACUACAUAGCGCACAGGCGACUGUGUUGAAGUGUUCGUAUACAAACCAUCCGAAAACCGCAUAAAAAUGGUUGUGCCCACCAUGGAUGGGCUGCCACGCGUACCGGACACACAUGGCGAUGUCGUCGAUGAGAAAUUAUUUUCAGAUUUAUAUGUACGCACCAGUUGGGUGGAUGCGCAUGUUGCACUCGAUCAAAUCGAUAAGGGCAAAGCGCGAGGGAACCGAACCGCUAUCUACCUACGUUCAGUAUUUCAAUCCCACCUCGAAUCACUUGGUAGUUCGGUACAAAAGCAUGCGGGUAAAAUGCUCUUUGUGGCCAUACUAGUGUUAAGUACAUUUUGUGUGGGUCUGAAGAGUGCACAAAUACACUCGAAAGUACAUCAAUUGUGGAUACAAGAAGGUGGACGUUUAGAAUCCGAACUCGCCUAUACACAAAAAACCAUCGGUGAAGAUGAGUUCUCAACCCAUCAGCUCGUUAUACAGACGGCGCAAGAUGCGAAUGCGUCGGUACUGCAUUCGCAAGCAUUACUGGCGCAUCUGGAGGUGCUGAAGAAAGCGACGGCGGUGAAGGUGCAUAUGUACGAUACGGAAUGGGGUUUACGUGAUAUGUGUAAUUCACCGACUACGCCAAGUUUUGAGGGACAUUACUUCAUCGAACAGAUAUUUAAGCAUUUAAUACCGUGUUCGAUAAUAACACCAUUGGAUUGCUUCUGGGAGGGGAGUCAACUCGUGGGACCGGAUUAUCCAGUGCAAAUACCUGGCAUCGAUAAGCGCAUCAUGUGGACCACAAUGAAUCCUUCGAAUCUCGUGCAAACGAUGAAACAGCAAAUGAGUGAUCAGAAAAUACCAUUCGAUUUUAAUAUGGUGGAGCAGUACAUGAAGCGAGCCGGCAUUACGGCUGGUUACACGGAGAAACCAUGUUUGGAUCCCAAGAGCCCGGAAUGUCCAGAGACCGCACCGAAUAAGGAUAGUCAACAGCCACCCGAUGUGGGUGCUAUACUCACCGGCGGCUGCUAUGGUUACGCUACAAAGUAUAUGCAUUGGCCGGAGGAGCUUAUUGUUGGCGGUGUACAACGCAAUCGCACCAGUCAUUUGCGUAAGGCGAAAGGUCUACAAAGUGUCGUGCAACUGAUGACCGAGAAGGAAAUGUUCGAUAUGUGGAAUGACAAUUAUAAAGUUCAUCAUAUCGGUUGGACACAGGAGAAAGCCGCGGAGGUAUUGAAUGCGUGGCAGCGUAAUUUUUCCAAAGAAGUGGAGACGCUAUUGAAGGGUAAUCGACGCAUAUCGAAUAAAUAUGACAUUUAUGUCUUCUCAUCGGCCACACUGGAUGACAUACUGGCCAAGUACUCCAAUCCCAGUCCGGUAAGCAUUGUGAUCGGCGUAAUUGCCACGGUGUUCUAUGCUUUCUGCACACUCAUCCGAUGGAAGGAUCCGGUUAAGGGACAGAGUAGUGUUGGUGUAGCUGGUGUGCUAUUAAUCGGUUUCUCGACUGCCGCUGGUUUGGGCCUGUGCGCAUUGCUGGGUAUCGUUUUCAAUGCGGCAAGCACGCAAGUUGUGCCCUUCCUUGCGCUCGGCCUUGGCGUAGAUCACAUUUUUAUGCUCACCGCUGCUUAUGCGGAGAGUAAUCGCAAAGAGCAAACGAAAUACAUAUUGAAGAAAGUCGGACCGAGCAUACUCUUCAGCGCAUGCGUGACAUCGGGUUCAUUCUUUGCUGCCGUUUUUAUACCAGUGCCCGCCUUGAAGGUGUUCUGUCUACAAGCCGCUAUAGUCAUGUGUUUCAAUUUAGCUGCGGCGCUACUAGUUUUCCCCGCCAUGAUUUCCUUGGAUUUGCGACGUCGCACCGCCGGACGCGCGGAUAUCUUCUGCUGUUGCUUCCCGGUGUGGAAGGAGAAACCGGUAGCGACAGCUGUGCACAAUACGCGUUACAACAAUAGUAGUAGUCGCCGAAAUACGUAUACGGUAAAGAAUUGCAACAAUCGUUCGGCGUCCAUGUCGGCACAGCAACCACAACUGAAGUAUCAAGAAGAAGCACUACUUUCGUGCGCGGAGAAACGCAUGCCGUCAUUUUCGUUGUCGAACUUUGCCUACAAAUAUUACACACCUUUCUUAAUGAAGAGCUGGGUCAAGUUCAUAACUAUAAUCACAUUUGUUGGUACGCUCGUCUUCAGCUUAUACGCCUCGACGCGUCUACAAGAUGGACUUGAUCUAAUCGAUCUGGUGCCAAAGGAUACAAAUGAGUUUAAAUUUCUGAAUGCACAAGCAUCGAUGUUCGGUUUCUAUAGCAUGUAUGCGGUGACUCAAGGGAAUUUUGAAUAUCCCACCAAUCAGCGUUUGUUGCACGAGUAUCAUGAGGCUUUUGUGCGUGUGCCACACGUUAUUAAGAAUGAUAAUGGUGGUCUACCGGACUUUUGGCUCUCACUAUUUCGCGAUUGGUUAAUCAACUUACAACGCAUAUUCGAUCGUGAGUUCAGUGAGGGGCGUCUGACGCGCGAAGGUUGGUUGUCGAAUGCGACAAGUGAUGCGAUAUUGGCUUAUAAGCUACUCGUACAAACUGGUUAUGUUGACAAUCCGGUGGAUAAAAGUGGCGUCACACAAAAUCGUUUAGUCGACAGUGAGGGUAUAAUCAAUCCGAAAGCAUUCUACAACUAUCUCUCAGCAUGGGCGACCAAUGAUGUAUUUGCCUAUGGUGCUUCACAGGGUAAAUUACAUCCAGAACCACGUAGUUACUUACACAGCCCCACUGAAUAUGAUCUCAAAAUACCGAAAAGUCUGCCAUUGGUGUAUGCGCAGUUACCGUUCUAUUUGCAUGGACUGAAUUGCACUUCUGAAAUUAAGACGUUAAUUGGACACAUACGUGAUUUGAGCGUAAAAUUUGAGUCGCGCGGUCUACCAAACUAUCCAUCAGGCAUACCAUUCAUAUUCUGGGAGCAAUAUAUGACACUACGCUGGUCACUCGCUAUAAUACUCUGUAUUUCGCUGAUAGCUGCUUUCAUAUUGGUUUCAAUAUUGCUGCUUUCUAUUUGGGCUGCCGUCUUGGUCGUUUUCAGCGUUGUCACUUCAUUGAUACAAAUUUUCGGCGCUAUGACAAUACUGGGCAUAAAACUCUCAGCCAUUCCGGCAGUGAUAUUGAUAUUAAGUGUCGGCAUGAUUGUCUGUCUGACGGUGCACAUUUCACUGGGCUUUAUUACUGCCGUGGGUAAUCGCGAACGUCGCAUACAUCUCUCCAUGCAAAUGUCGCUCGGUCCACUUAUACACGGCGUACUCACUUCCGCUGUUGCCGUAUUUAUGCUCUCUACCUCACCCUUUGAAUUCGUCAUACGUCACUUCUUUUGGCUGCUACUUGUUGUGCUCGCAGUCGGUGCUUGCAAUGGUCUUGUGCUCUUCCCCAUCAUUUUGAGUAUGUGCGGUCCAGAGGCUGAGCUGGUGCCACUCGAACAUCCAGAUCGCAUUUCAACACCAUCCCCUGUCAUGUCACGUUGCAAACGUGCUAACAAAACGGUGGUGGUGCACGGUGGCGGUGGUGGUCGUUCAUCACGUUCCUGCAGCAAGAGUAUGCAUCAUCAUAAGGAUAUCAAUAUUAAUGAUCCCUCACUGACGACCAUCACUGAAGAGCCACCAUCAUGGAAAUCCUCCUCAUCAUCGAUACAAAUGAUGAAUAACGAAUGGAAUGGCGCUAAUAUGAAUAUGAAUAAUGCACAUUAUAGCACAAAUGUCGCGCCGCCGCAAAUGAAUAAUUAUAAUAUGAAUAAUUACUAUAUGCAUCGGCAGCCACCAAAUUACAUGCAUCAUCAUCAUCAUCAGCAGCCACCACCACCACCACCAGCGCAACAACAAACCAUUUAUGGCGCACCACCGACAUUUCACAAAACGACACAUCCAUCACACCAACAACAACAACAACCGCAGCACGCGCAUCAUCCAACGCAGCAACAACAUCAAGGCGCUGCACCGCCACCACCACCACCAACGUCCUCAACCACAAGCACGCAUACGCUUGGUGGGCCACAUGAAACGGGUAACUUUCCCGAGUUGCAGAGUAUCGUGGUUCAACCGGAAGUCACUGUGGAAACGCACCACUCGGACACGAACACAACAAAAGUAACAGCGACGGCGAAUAUCAAAGUGGAAUUGGUGACGCCGGGUCGCGCGGUGCGCAGCUACAAUUUCAGCAGCUAGCGCGGUCGCGUGCGUUAGUGAAUAUGCAUUAGAGCUUUAGUGUAACGAGUGUAUCGUAUGUAUUUAUUUGCUUAGUUAGUAAGUAGUAGUUUUGAUUUUGUUUUACUUUUUUUUUGCACAAAUAUCGCGCGAAGUAAGUCAAUUUAGUGUGGCAUUGGAAGUCUAAAAAACUUCAACAAUUUCACUAAAAUUUAAAUUGAAAGUGAAAUGUGGAAAUAAAAGCAAGGAAGAAAAAAAAUGUCAACGUGCAGUUCCCGUUGUUGAGUUUGUGUAGUGCUGCCAGAUUUAAGCUCUGUUGUAAAUGUUUUAAAAACAUUGCAAUUACUUAGAUAUGAGUUUGUUAUAUUAAUUAUUUUGAAAUAUAAAUAAUGCACAAUUAAUUUUUUUACAAAUAAUUCAAAUUAAAGAAACACUUUUAUUAAAUUAUAAAUUUUUCUAAAUACUGAAUUAGUGUCAAAUUAUACUUUUUUGUUAAAUUUUGCAUAUUCUUAUAAAUUUAAACUUUUAUAAACAUUAAAUUAGUAUCAAUAAAAUAUAUUUUUUGUUAAAUUUUGCAUAUUCUUUGAAUAAAAUUAAUAAUUAAUUUAAAAAAGUAUUUAAAGACAAAUUUUAGUUUCACUAAAUAUUUUAUUUUUAAUUUAAAUAGGCUUAUAGUGUAAUCGCAGCAUUACAUUUCUUUCUUUACUUACUUUCAACGACGUUUUAUACUUCCAAUGCAAAAAUAAAUUAUAGAAUUAACACUUCCCAGUAAAGCGCUGAUUUUAAGAAAUUUAAGAAAAAACUCAACUAAGUUAUAUAUAGCAACGCAACAAAUUUGUGUAUAAAAUUGUAAUUAAAUAGCGAUUUUAUGAUAUGAGAGUAUUAUAAGCAUUUUGUUAACUAUUUAGCUCAUAGGUAAUUGUGUGUGUGUAAAUAGUGUUACAUUGUAAACCAAAUAGUAUGACAUACAUAUUAAGUUAAUUAAAAUAUCAAGGCAACAGACAAAACGUAACGUAGUGAAAAAUAUGCUAAAAACAUAAAGUUUAAAGAAAAAAUGAUAAGAUAAGCAAAAGCACAAAAUACUCAUAAUUUCUCAAAAUAAAUAAAUAAC